UCUCUCAAUGCUCUGUGUCCUUUCAACAGUCAGCUGCGGGGAGCACAUUUCACAGGGGCAGUGCUGGCGCUCUAAUGCACACACAGACACACUCAUGCUGUUACCGAACUCUCAGAGACACACACACAGGCAUGCUUGCACACUGACACACUCUCACCACACACACACAGCCUCUGAAACGUACACUCCUUCCAGCAAACACACAUUUCCCCUGAGCCGGAUGCCUCUCUUUAAGGGAAAGGACUAACUGCUCUGAGGAUUUAACUUGGCUUUCUCAUAAAACAAAAAGGGAAAAGGAGCAAUCAGGACAGGGAAAAAAAAGGAGGAAUUUAUUUGGGGACACCUUCCUUCCCAGGAAAUGGUCAACUUGUCAGCAUGACACCUUGUCUGGAUUCCCCUCUCUUCCUCAGGCAAAAAUCCUGAAAAUGAUGGAUGACAACAAGCAGCUUGCCCAGCGCAUCGAUGGGGCCAUUCAGUCAGCCAGCCAGGAGGUGACCAACCUGCGGUCAGAGCUGAGCGCCACCAGCCGCAGACUGGCCGAGCUGGGAGCGACGGACUCCUCUGCCAGCGUGCUUGAGACCCUGCAGCACAACCACAAUGAUCCCUCUCCCCACCAGAGGCAGAAGCCCCCGGCUACCGAACUCUGUUACAAGACUGAAAUCAGCAGUCUCAUGGACUUCAAUUCUCCAGAUGCCUCUCUGGACAAAGUUCUGCUGCGUGAAGAGGUGGCCCAGCUCCAGGAAGAGGUGCACCUGCUGCGGCAGAUGAAGGACAUGUUGAAUAAGGACCUGGAGGAGACCCAGGGAGGUUGCUCGGCUGACGUGCUCUCUGCCACCGAACUCCGUGUGCAGCUGGCGCAGAAGGAACAGGAGCUGGAUCGAGCCAAGGAGGCUCUGCAAGCCAUGAAGUCGGACCGUAAGCGUCUGAAAGCAGAGAAGGCAGAUCUGGUGAAUCAGAUGCAGCAGCUUUAUGCCACAUUGGAGAGCCGAGAGGAGCAGCUCCGUGACUUCAUACGCAACUAUGAGCAGCACAGAAAAGAGAGCGAGGAUGCAGUAAAGGCGCUGGCCAAAGAGAAAGACCUCCUGGAGAGAGAAAAGUGGGACCUGCGGCGGCAGACCAAGGAAGCCACGGAGCACACGGGGAUGCUGCGGUCUCAGCUUGAUCUCAAGGAGAACCGCAUCAAGGAGCUGGAGGCUGAACUUGCCAUGAUGAGUAACUGUGUCAAUCAGAGAAUGGAGUUCCGGGUGUUUGAGCGCCUUGUGGACAGGGACUACUCUCCUAGGGUCAUGGCGGCGAAACAGUCGCUAGCCACCCUGACCAAGGAUGUGCCCAAGCGCCACUCGCUGGCCAUGCCCACGGAGGCGGUUGUCAAUGGAAACAACCAGGAGUGGGUGAUGCAGGCCGAUCUCCCUCUGACUGCUGCCAUCCGACAGAGUCAGCAGACCCUCUAUGUCCACACGGGGCAUCCCGCUGACAGGCAAGUGGCUGCCGUGCGGGUGAGCCCGUGCCACUCGCGCCAGCCCUCCAUCAUCUCCGACGCCUCUGCGCUGGAGGGAGACCGGUCGUCCACACCCAGCGACAUCAACUCGCCGCGCCAUCGGACUCACUCCCUCUGCAAUUCCCUAGAAGAUCUGGAGGAGGCGAAGCGUAAGAAGAAGAAAGAAAAGAUGGGGCUGGGGUCUCUGUCGCGCGUCUUCGCCCGAGGAAAGCAACGCAAGUCCCUCGACCCCGGUUUGUUUGAUGGUACUUCAACACCUGAUUAUUACAUAGAGGAGGAUGCAGACUGGUAAAGCACACACGUCCGAGUGAACCACCUGGAGAGCCUUUUUUUGGCAGUUAUCAGAGGACAACGUUGUAUUGCCCGAGCGCAUGCGUGAGAGAAUGUGCGUGUUUGCGUGCGCGUCUGUGUGUGUGUGUGUGUGUGUGUGAUGAAAGCGUGUACAGAUAAAAUAAUGUGUGUACCUUUGAUGUAGUCUCACAUGCACGCAUGCUUCGGUUUGUAUGGGAGCGAGAGUGUGCGCGUGCUUGUGCCACCCAUGGUCAACGGCCAUGUCAGGAGCCGGAGGCGCGUCUUGCUUCGCUGAAGUGUAAACCUAAAGAGCAAAUUGCACCUGUAUGUAUGUAUGUAUAUGUACAGCCCUGUAAAUAGCGUGGAGAGUGUAAUACAGCAGCAGUGUGGACAUGUCAUGUUGUAUCUGCCCUCCAAAACAGCUGUGUUAUCUGAUCUUUGAAUUGUUCUCUACAUUUUUACUUUUUUUUUUUUUAUUGUUUUCACUCAACUGGAAACUUGAAGGACUGCUGUACUUGUAAAUAACAGUUGAUGUGCACUCUGUGCGUGUAAAUGUCUCCUUGUCCUGAAUGCCUUUUUGUUAUUUUUGACACGUACUCCCCGCCGUCCCUCCUCCCUCCCUCCCACUGCCUCUUAACUUUAUCUCCUCCCUGUUUAUUGUCCUGCCUGGUCCAUCCCCUUCUUCCACACUGCCAUGAUGAGAACAGUUUCCUGUAGGCGGCAUGCGGACUCCUGAAAUUCACCGCUGGGUCGGUUGUCGGGUGCACAUCCCUCAACCGCCGGAAAAAAAAAAAAAAGUCUGUGCAGAGGCAAUCCUUGAUGUUUACUUAGAGAGACUUCAAAGAAGCUGCUAUGAGAGGAAUUAACUUUCUACGCAGAACAGUUUGUUCCCCUGCAUUUUGAAGCCAAACAGGAAAUGUGAGAAAUGUGUUUUCUAUCUCCUCAGAUAGAAGGUACAUGUGUGACAUGCAUGCACGUAGCCCCGGUCCCUAAAUCAUGCAUGCCUGGUUACCCCACUACAAAGAAAAAUCUCUCCCUGGUUAUGUUUCCGAAGAGGUGAUAAACUGUUUGCUUUUCUUUUUAAUUUAAAAAGAGAGGUUAGUUACUGAUUUCACGUUCAUUCAUGAUUUUGCCCCCAUUUCAAAUUAAUUGAUAAGAUUUGUAAACUUAAACCUUUGCUGUUCAAGGAGCGCUCAGCUGAAUGCUUAAGAUCUUAACAUCCUGAACUGCGCACAGUUUCGUUUUAAUCUGCACCUGCAGGGCUUUUUUAUGCGAAAUUACAUUUGAAAUAUCAAAGGUCAGCAAAGAAAGAAAACUGAACAUUACACUUUGAAUUUUUAAAUAUUAUUCCACACUAUUUGCAAGGCUUUG